GCGGAUUCGUUUAGUUGCGCUCGACGCGCUCUUCCACCUGACCGGAAGUGACAUCACUUUAAAGAAAAGUGAAUAAAACUCUGGUAGGAGGGUUCAGCAGCUCUGGACUUCAGUGUGAAAGUGGCACACUGAGUUUUUGGGCGGUCUUCACGUUGUGAAACUUCCCGUUUCCUUCUCACACACACACACAAACACGCACACACACACACGCACACGCUCCUCCUGCCUGCUGCGCUCCGUGCGCUCAGUUACUGACUGGCAGCGCAGGAAUGGACUCCGCCGCGACUUUCUAGGAGCAAUAGUUUGUAAAAACAAACAUAAAGUUGAACUUUUAGACCUGAGAGGCGAUAAAACACCACGGGCUGAGAUGAAAAUUGAAAAGUGAGACAAGAGGAGUUUUUUUAAUGUACUUGGAUCUGUUUUGGUUUCUUGGAUGGAACGCCUCCUUCAGACGCCCCACAUGGAUUUGGUGACCAACAGCUCCAGUCCACUCAACCAAUCCCAAGUUUUCACCUCGAUCUUCAAUGUCAGCUGUCGCUUUGAUGAGGAGUUCAAGUACAUCCUGCUGCCCGUGUCCUACAGCCUGGUCUUUGUGUUCGGCUUCGUGCUCAACGCCGUGGCCUUGUGGGUGUUCCUGAAGAUGCGGCCRUGGAACCCCAGCUUGGUGUUCAUGUUCCACCUGGCUCUGUCAGACUUCCUGUACGUUCUCUCCCUGCCCACGCUCAUCUACUACUACGCCAACCGCAGCCACUGGCCGUUCGGCGUGGCCGCCUGCAAGAUCGUGCGCUUCCUCUUCUACGCCAACCUCUACUGCAGCAUCCUCUUCCUCACCUGCAUUAGCGUGCAUCGGUACUUCGGCAUCUGCCACCCCAUCAAGGCGCUGACCCUGUUGAAGUCGCGUCACGCCCACCUGGUGUGCGGUUUGGUGUGGUGCGCCGUGACCGUGUGCCUGGUGCCCAACCUCAUCUUCGUCACCACCUCCAGGAGAGACAAUGACACUCUGUGCCACGACACCACGAACCAGGAGUCCUUCCACGAGUACGUGGAUUACAGUUCUGUGGUCAUGGUGCUGCUCUUUGGGAUCCCGUUCAUCGUCAUUUUGGUGUGCUACUGYCUGAUGGCGCGGGCUUUGUGCCGGCCCAGAUGGGGCUUAAACGCCAGCCAGCAGGGCGUCAGCUCACGCCGCAAGUCCAUCAAGCUCAUCGUGGUGGUGCUGGUGGUGUUUGCCGUCAGCUUCGUCCCGUUCCACAUCACCAGGACUCUGUACUACACCGCCCGCGUGCUGGACCUGAACUGUGAAUUCCUCAACAUCGUGAACUUCACCUACAAAAUCACGAGGCCGCUGGCGAGCGUCAACAGCUGCAUUGAUCCCGUUCUGUAUUUCCUGGCCGGGGAUCACUACCGCACCAGAAUGGUGUCAGCUCUGACAGGAAGGAGAGAAACAAAAAGCAACUCCAAACCUGAGCAUGUGCAAACCCAGCCGAACAAUAACUGCAGCAUAGGUCUAGUCUGUAAGAACCCUGCAAUUACAGCCAUCGGAGAGGUUGAGGCAUGAAGUGGACUCUAAAAUAUUAAUGGAGAGUUAAAAAGUGAGGUCCUAUCGAAAGGUUACAAACAAAAAAUAUCUUACCUGUUCUUGAUUGCUCUUUAAAUAACGUAGGUUUGAAGAAAUACAGUUGGAUCUGCCCUGACUGAUGAGUUAACAGCUACUUGGAUUUUCUUUGGCUUUUGAUUAAGACAGAGUUUGAGGUUCACUUAGAGCUGAUGUUUUUUUUUUAAUAGUGUUUCUUUAUUUUAUUUUAGUCUUUGACUAAACAGUACAGCACUUUGGUCAG